AAAACACGUUUCUGAUUUACAGAGUUUUGCAAAUCGUUGAGCAAUACCUUUAUUUAUUAGAGAUAUUUCACUUUAUGACUUAAGUCACACACAUUCAAUAACAUAUUUUCAAAAAAAAUUGCUGCACUUAAAAUGAAUCAACCGUGUUAGAUAUCUAAUGCAUUAAUAUUUUAGAAAUCUGUCAGGCAGACGACGAAACCGGCGAUUGCACAACCAAAAUGGCUGACUCUACUAAUACUGGUGCUGAAGUAUUGAAGAAAUUUGCACAGAAAGUUGGUGUCUCGAGUACAAGAGAAAGAAUUGAAGUUUUGAACGAGUUAAAUGAUGCAAUUGAAAAAAAUGAAAUCCCUGAAGUUGCUGUGAAGGGUAUUGUCAAAUUUCUUGUCACAACUCUAGGAUAUUAUAGAGAUAGAAGAUCAGUUAAGGCAGUAUUACAGGUUAUACAAUGUCUUACCAAAGUAUACCCAGAUGCUACUGUUAAACAAAUUGUAUCAAGUUUAACACCAUUUGCUGAAGGACGGGUUAGAAAUAGUCCACUGUGUCGAAGUGCAUCAGGAGAAAGCGUAGUGGCAUUAUCAUGGACCUGCUGUAUUUUGUCUACAUUACUGGCAUCACCUAAAGGAGUAGAUGAUUUAAUAUUACAACAAAUGGUUGGUCUUCAGAUUACGUUAAUUUAUAAUGCACUAUCAGCUAAUAACAAGAGCAUAAAUAAAUCAACCUACAGGAAACUACAAACACUCUGGUCACAGGAUGCAAGUUUUACAGAGAAAUAUGCUAUGAUUGUACAGGAGAAAGAACCAGCUAUCAUCACAAUAUGUUGCUGUUCUCUUCUACUCAAAUAUUUCUACUCGAUUAAAAAUCAGGAAGCCGUUAAAAAAUAUAAAGUUCCAUUUAUAGAAAUCUAUGUUAAGCAGGUUCUGGCAUCAAGAACCAACAACCAAAGACAUGUUCUAAGUUGGAGUAUUGAGAUUUUACGUCAUUGUUCUCAUGAUGACUUCAAAUCACAGAUUCUACCAACAACACAGAAAGCUAUGUUACGUAACCCAGAGACCAUUAUGGAAUCUGUAACAGAAAUGUUAAAUGGAACUCAGUUAGAUUUAAGUCAGUAUGCUGCAGAUAUUGGUAAACUUCUUCACACCCAGUUGAUCAGUAAGGAUUCUAAUUCAAGGAAAUUUGCUGAAGAAGGAAUGAAGUAUUUAGCUGAACAUUGUAGUGAUGCUGGUGCCAUAGAGAAAUUAGUUACUAAGACAUUUGCUGUACUUGGAGGAUCGGAAGGUAAAUUAACAGUGCUAGAACAGAAAUUGAGUGUAUUGACAGCUAUUGGGAAUAUAUUCUAUAAUACUGUAAGUGGUACAACAUCUGUACAUAAUCUCAGUGUUACAGUAUCCGAACUAUUUCUUCCUACAUUGCAAACUGAAAUACAUGAAGGUACAUUGGUACAUUGUUUAUCCAUGUUGUCAUUAUGGUGUUCUAAGUUCUAUACAGAAGUUCCUGAAAAACUAACACAGUGGUUUAAGAAAGGAAUAACUUUGAAAACAGCCACAGCUUCAGUGCGUAAUGCCUAUAUACUAUGUAUGAAUUCAGCCUAUCAUGGAGAUAUCCUUCAACAGGCUAAUGAUGUUUUACCAAUAUUAUUACAAACAUUUGAAAAAGCUAAUAAACAGUCUAGUCAAUCACAACUGGUAACAGAGGCAGUUUCAGCUUCCUUGUUAUUAUUACGAUUAUCAUUGAUAGAUAUUGAUGUUGAAAGUAAAUUAGCUCAGUUUUGGAGUAUUGUCACUAAUACAAAUAAACAACUAUUGGUUAAUGAGAAGUUUUUAUCGGCUGCUACAGAUGAAACCUUACAAAGCAUAGUGACAUUGUCUGAGAGGUUGAUUCUAGAUUUCCCACAAAAGAUGAAAGAUUCUGUUUGCAAGCCCUAUCAUAAAGCAUUGAUCUACUGUUUAACACGUAAUUCAUGGUGUGUUAGAAAGACAGCCAUGGCUAGUAUCAAACGAAUUCUAUCUUUAUUAAGUGGUACGAAUAUACCAUUAGAUCUUAUAGCUGAACUUGGUGAACUCAUAGAAACCCAAAAGGUAUCAGAUUACCAGCAGUAUAUGAAACAAGAUGAAGAGUGGAAAGAGUCCAACCAGGAAUCUAGCAGAGUGAUCUCCCCUAAAAUACUGACUGAGGCACUGAUGAUUGUUGGUUCUGUAACUAAGGCAUCUGGUAAAGAAGCUAAAGCUAUCGCCUUAUCAACACUUCCUCUCGCCCAUAAUCCAUAUAUUGUUUAUCAUAAUAAAGGUGUCUGGAUAUCAAUUCUACUGAAACUGAAGAUUGAUCCAGCAAAUUUUAUAAAGACAAACCUAGAAGCUUGUCUAAAGUUAACAGAAACUGGCUGUAAAUUGACUCCAACUGAAGAGAAUAUUGUCAAGACAUUAAUCUUAUGUUCACCUGAUGUUUAUCUACCAUCAUUAAUGAAAUAUGUUCGUGGUCUUCUUACUAACUCAACUAUCUAUGAUGUAACAAAAGAUGGUUAUGGUAUAUUUUUAACACCUGAAGGAACACCUUAUGAUACAACUUUAAUAGAUAGUGCCAUGCAGAAGGAAGAAAGUACUAAGAAUAUAAAGCGUCAGAAUAAACUGUAUUCCUAUGAAGAACAAAUGGCUGAAAUAGAACUGAGAAAGGAAAUGGAAAAGAUAAAAGGUAAAAAAGCAGAUGAACCAAAACUUUCUAAAAAGCAAGAAGAAAUGUUACAAAUGCAAUUAAAGGAAGAAUCUGCUACUAGAGCUGAGUUGACAAAAUUACAUGAUGAAGUAUGUUGUGCUUGUACAUCAUUAGCAGCAGCUAUUGAGGGAAAUAAUUAUUCCUGCUCUUCACAGAUGAAGGAAAUAUUGUCCUUGGUAACACCGCUAUUACAGUCACCACUAUCCGCUCCUAUUGCAAGUGAAUUCUUCCUGAAGUUAGCAAAGCAUGUCUUUGAAGAUGUUAACUUAGCUGAAUUGGUUGGUAAUGUUACACUACGACUUCUAGAUCCAAAAUGUCCCAUCAAUCCUCACUGGACUAAAGAACCAAUCCCAUUGCAAGCUAUAAGAGCAGUGAUGGCGCUAGUAGAGAAAUCAAUAUCGAAUGACAAUGAUGAUGUAGAGGAGGAAGUAGAAGAAGGAGACAAUGAUGACCCAAAACUUUUCCCAGCCUCAACUUUUGCAUACAUAUAUUAUUUACUAUUUGCUGUAUUGAAAAAUGGUGGUGCCGUUGUUUCUAAAAAUGAUGACGUCAAGAGUCUUGCCAUUCAACUUAUUUCGGAGCAUGCUCAGAUGAGAACAACUGAUGAAGAUGAGUAUGACCCAGAACUUCUACCGAGAGAGCAAUUAUAUCAGCUACUGUUUCAACUCAUUGGAACUAUGGAUGAUAAACUACAACAAGAUGCAGUGGAUGCCAUUUUAGAGGUUGCAAGGUGUGGUAAUGGUGACCAAGGAGCAACACGUGUAACACCAGCGGAGAUAAAUGAGAUACUUACUGCUCUUCAGUCACCUUGUAUGACUGUCCGUGAUGUAGCCUUACAGUGUUUAAUGGUAUUAAGUUCUAUACUACCAACUAUUGAUGAUGAUUAUGAACUGGGAUUAAAUAUCUCUAAACGUGUAUGGAUAGCAUCUAAUGAUGUAGAAGAAUAUAUCAAAGAUUUAGCUGUAAAAUUAAAAACAACUUUAAAGCUAAAUGAACCAGCAGAGGAGAUCUGCAGUUCUUUGGUAGAAGAUAUUAUACACACAGAGGAGGUGAUUAGAAUAGCUGCGGCUAAUACUAUGGCACAGGUUCUAGAAUGUCAUCCAUCACAUGUGUCAUCUAUUCUCUAUCAAUUACUUGAUCUCUAUGAACAGAAAUUAUAUAUGCCUCCACCAAUAACUGAUGAAUUUGGUCGUCUAGCUGAUGAACAACCACCCGACAUGUGGCCAGCACGGUCAGGUAUUGCUUUAACUUUGUGUAAAAUCGCCUAUGUGCUACCUGAAUCUGAGGUGGCACCAUUGUUUGAGUUUUAUGUUCCGGGUGGUUUGGGUGAUCGGAAUGCUGAGGUUCGAGCUUUGAUGAGAGACGCAGCUUUGGCCUGUGUUGAAAAACAUGGAAUGACCAAGGUUGACACACUUCUGCCAGUAUUUGAAAAUUUCCUGACAACAGCUCCAGAAACCCAGGAAUAUGAUGCCAUUCGUCAAAGUGUAAUCAUUCUAAUGGGAACAUUGACAAAACAUCUUAAUCUGGAUAAUAAUCCAAAAGUCAAACCUGUAGUAGCACAAUUAAUAGCAGCAUUGUCCACACCAUCUCAAGGAGUACAAGAAGCUGUAGCUAACUGUUUACCACCUCUAGUAGCAGGUAUUAAAACCGAAGCACCAGCUUUAGUAGAGAGAUUAUUGAAAACACUUUUAGAAUCAGAAAAAUAUGCUGAAAGACGAGGUGCUGCAUAUGGUUUGGCAGGUUUUGUUAAAGGUUUAGGUAUUAUGUCACUUAAACAACAAAAUGUGAUGACAACCUUGACAGAAGCUAUACAAGAUAAAAAAGAUCCUGUUAAAAGAGAAGGAGCGUUGUUUGCCUUUGAAAUGUUGUGUAAUAUGCUGGGUAAAUUCUUUGAACCAUACAUUGUUAACAUUAUUCAACAUCUUCUCCUAUGUUUUGGUGAUGGUAAAGGCUUUGUUAGAAAGGCAGCUAUAGAUUGUAGUAAAGCUGUAAUGAGGAAUUUAAGUGGUCAUGGUGUUAAACUCAUUCUACCAUCUUUGUUAAAAGGAUUAGAAGAAAACUCAUGGAGAACGAAAAUAGGAUCUGUGGAGUUAUUAGGAUCUAUGUCAUUCUGUGCACCUAAACAAUUAUCAGCAUGUCUACCUAGUAUUGUACCUAAAUUAAUGGAGAUAUUACUAGAUUCCCAUCCUAAAGUACAAGAUGCUGGUUAUCAUGCUCUCAAACAGAUUGGUUCCGUCAUUAAAAAUCCUGAAAUUCAAGUUAUUGUACCAACAUUAAUCAAAGCUCUUCAGAAUCCAACUCAUAAAACAACAGAAUGUUUACAGAAACUACUAGCAACCAAGUUCGUUCAUUUUGUUGAUGCCCCGUCAUUAGCCUUGAUCAUGCCAGUCAUACAGAGAGCUUUCCAAGAUCGUUCAACAGAUACAAGAAAAAUGGCAGCACAGAUUAUGGGCAAUAUGUAUUCUCUAACUGAUCAGAAGGAUCUGACUCCAUAUCUACCCAAUGUUAUUCCUGGUUUAAAGAACUGUUUAUUAGAUCCAGUGCCAGAAGUCAGAAAUGUAUCAGCUAAAGCACUUGGUGCCAUGGUUAAAGGUUUGGGUGAAAGUUCAUUUGAAGAUAUUAUGCCAUGGUUAAUGGAUAAACUAGUAGCGGAACAGAGUUCUGUUGAUAGAUCGGGUGCUGCUUUAGGGUUAAGUGAAGUUAUUGGUGGAAUGGGAUUAGAUAAAUUACAUGAAUUAAUGCCAAAGAUAAUACGAACAGCUGAACAGAAAGAUUUAGCCCCACAUGUACGGGAUGGAUAUAUUAUGACGUUUAUCUAUCUACCAGCUACAUUUGGUUCAGAUUUCUCUAUUUAUGUAGGACCAAUUAUACCCUCCAUCUUACAGGCAUUAGCAGAUGAAACAGAGUUUGUAAGGGACACAGCUCUUCGUGCAGGUCAAAGGUUGAUCAGUUUAUAUGCAGAUACAGCUAUAGAAGUAUUAUUACCAGAGUUAGAGAAGGGAUUAUUCUCUGAUAACUGGAGAAUUAGAUACAGUUCCGUUCAGUUAUUAGGAGACCUGCUCUUUAAAAUAUCAGGUGUGACUGGUAAAAUGACAACUAGAUCAACAGGUGAUGAUGAUAAUUUUGGUACAGAAUCAUCUUACAAGGCUAUCAUCAGUGCGUUAGGAGAAGAUCGUAGAAAUCGUGUAUUGGCUGGUCUAUAUAUUGGUAGAUCAGAUACAGCUCUAUUAGUACGACAAUCAUCUCUACAUGUAUGGAAGAUUGUUGUCACCAAUACGCCUAAAACAUUACGAGAAAUUUUACCAACAUUAUUUACUAUAUUACUUGGUUGUCUGGCUUCUACUAGUCAUGAUAAAAGACAGAUUGCAGGUAGAACAUUAGGCGAUUUAGUACGUAAAUUAGGUGAGAGAGUUUUACCAGAGAUUAUACCUAUAUUAGAACAAGGUUUAGAUUCUGAACAAAGUGAUCAGAGACAAGGUGUUUGUAUUGGGCUUAGUGAAAUCAUGGCUUCUACCAGCAGAGAACAUGUUGUGGUAUUUGCUAAUAAUUUAAUUCCCACUGUGCGUAGAGCUUUGUGUGAUCCUUUACCGUCUGUUCGCGAAGCAGCUGCCACUACCUUCGAUCAUCUACAACAAAAUAUUGGUCAACGAGCACUGGACGAGAUCUUGCCUAACUUACUCAAGAGACUGAAUAAUCCUGAGUUGUCCGAGCAAGCUUUAGAUGGAUUAAAACAAGUAAUGGCAGUAAAAAGUAAAGUUGUUUUACCGUAUCUUGUUCCUAAGUUGAUUACACCACCAGUUAAUACAAGAGCAUUAUCAUUAUUAACAUCUGUAGCUGGUGACGCCUUGACUAAACAUCUCAGUAAAAUAUUGCCAGCAUUACUUACAUCACUGAGUGAGAAAGCUGGUACACCAGAUGAAGACCAGGAAUUACAAUAUUGUAAAACAGUGGUCCUAUCUGUUAAAGAUUACCAUGGAAUACGAACCAUCAUGGAGGAAUUAUUGAGUGCUACAAAUAAUAAAGAUGCUGAUUCAUGUUCUGCAGCUGUUACUAUUCUUCAUUCAUUCUGUAGUCAAACAGAAGCUGAUUUUAAAGACUAUAUACCUCAGUUAUUCAGGGGAUUAAUCAUGCUUUUUGUUCGUACUGAAGAAAAAAUAUUAAUUGCCAGCUGGAAUUGUUUAGCAUCAAUUGUAAAAAAAUUAGAUGUUACAGAAAUGUUACGACAUAUUCCAGAUUUACGACAAGCUGUACGCUAUGCUUCAUCAGAUUAUAAAGGAAAAGAACUCCCUGGUUUCAGUUUACCAAAGAAGGGAAUUGCUCCAAUUCUACCUAUAUAUAGAGAGGGUAUAUUGAAUGGUUCAACAGAUAUGAAGGAAGCAGCAGCUGUUGGUUUGGGUGAAAUUAUAAGUUUAUCUAGUGCAGAGGCUCUAAAACCUUCAGUUAUUAACAUUACUGGACCUCUUAUCCGUAUCCUUGGUGACAGAUUUACAGCCAAUGUCAAGGUUGCUUUAUUAGAGACAUUAAAUCUACUGCUAGAAAAGGUUGGAAUGAUGUUAAAACCUUUCUUACCACAAUUACAAACAACAUUUGCGAAAGCUUUAAAUGAUCCCAAUCGUAUUGUUAGAUUACGAGCUGCAGCAGCACUUGGUAAUUUAAUAGUUAUACAUACCAGAGUUGAUCCACUAUUUACAGAACUUCAUACAGGUCUUAAAGCAGCUGAUGACACUAGUAUUAAAGAUACUAUGUUACAGGCGUUAAGGUUUUGUUUAGUUGGAGCAGGAGGUAAAGUAUCUGAGGCAUUACGUAAACAGAUACAAUCUACUCUAUUAUCUAUGUUAUCAUCUAGUGAAGAUAGUACCAGAUCAGCUGUAGCAGGUUGUGUUGGAGCUAUGUGUACAGCUUUACCUAAUGAUGACCUUUCAGAUCUUCUUAAAUCACAACUUUUAGAUACAGAUACAAGUGUAGAUUGGAAAUUACGUCAUGGAAGAAGUUUAGCAUUAGUUGUUGGCCUGAAAGAAUCACCAAAUCGUAUUAUAGAAGCAUCAAGUGAAGCCAAAAUAAAAGAUACAAUAUUAGAAUUAACGUCAGCUGAUAAGAUUUCCAUUCUGCAGGCAGGGCUACAAGCAUCAUCACAUUUUAUAAAUUACCAGAUGAAACAGUCACAAAAUAUUACACCAGAAAUAUUAUCAACAUUAGUAAAGGGAAUGAAGCAUGAAUCUAAUGAUAUAAAAAUAACAGUUACCCGUCUAAUAUCCUACCUAUCAACGGAUACAACCUUACCAUUAUACAUUCGCAAAUCAUUUGUACCAUCACUAGUUAAUGGUACUAAAGAAAAGAAUACAGGAGUUAAGGCUAACAGUGAAUUAACUUUAAUUGUUUUACUCAAGUUACGUGAAAAUGAAGAUAUAUAUCAGGAAACUGUUGAUGCUUUAGAUUCUGGUAUGAAAGAAUCAUUAGUCGAAGUUUAUACUAAAAGUCUGAAAAAACAAGCCACAGCUGUGGCACCUCCUCAAGAUGAAAUAGAUGACACUUUACUAACCUAACACAGCCACACAUGAUUAAUUAUUUUAUUAAAUUAUUUUUUGAUUUUUGGGAAUAAAGAGUUUUUGAAAAAUCAUCGGGCGGACACUCUGGUUUAUGAUUUUUAUGCAAAUAAGUACCAACAGUAUAAAAUCAAUGAUGCUAAAUAUAAACUGAUGAUUGAAGGAAUGUUCAACUAGGUUUGGGUUUCAAUAAAAAAUGUUCGCUAAUUUAAUCUGUAAGAUAUGUAGGGAAAAUAACAUUCACAAAAUAUGUCUCUGUGACAAAAAACACUCCCAUUUUUUUCAUGUACAGAAUUAUAUUAUUAAUAAUCAGGAAAUUGUAAUAUUUAAUUAUUCUGAAAAUAAUCAUAGGAUUUAUUCAUUUGUUAAAUAUCUUAAUGAUGCUUUGUAUGUUUUGUUAAUAGUGUCUAUCUGUACGUGAUACCAGAGAUAUUUCAAGGGAUGAUAGUGUUUAUGGAAAGAUCAGAAUCAAACUGGUUAAGACAACAGACAACUCUUACUUUUGUAUGUUUUGACUAUAAAAGUUAUAUAUUUAUACAAUAUUGUCAAAGCCAAAAGUGAAGGUUUGAUGGACUUGGUGCAUUCGAUAAGAAUAAGGAUAAUAAGGAGUUCAGAUAUCCUGACGGCAUAAAGGAUCCUUUCAGAUAAUCUGCUAUAGAAACAUAGCUGCUGUGUAGGUGUAUUUCCAUGCUUUACAUGGCUAUAUUUCAUGCAUAUUAGAAAUGUUAAAAUAAUUUAACUUAAUGUUUCUCAAAUUUUAUUGUAUUCUAAUAUUAGAUAGUACAAUAACACAGAAUUACAAAUCAUUGACAUGAAAAUGUGCUAACUUAUUGUUUGAAUAUGAACAUAUUUACAUCUAGUACUUGGUGUAUCAAUUGAAACAAAAAGUUUAUGUUUGCUGUGUGAGUGCUACUCUAAUCAGUCUUUUAAAUUAUCUUAUUAGGUUAUAAAGAUCACCUCUUAUUUUGUCAUCUAACUAACUAUAAAUAAGUAUGGAGUAAAAAUAUUUACAUAAAA